CCCAUUCGGGGACCGUGUCCUUCCAUCGGCGUUGGUGGCGGUCCGUAUUGCCCCAUCCGGAGGCUCGCAGUCGCCGGUGGGGUGGUGCUACUCCCUAGUGUAUAGUUUCCCGCCGUCGCCGCCUCGAUGGAGCUGACGGCUUCGUUGCGGUUCUUCGACUUGGAGCGGAGGCGGCGGGGAGCUGUUAAGAGACAGCGGAGGUGGUGGUCGAGGGUACGUGGAUGAGAAGGUGAGAUCCAGCUGCCUCCUGGAGGUUGGGUUGGAUUUGGGGCCGGAUCCGGUGGUGGCGAAGUGCUCCCGGCGAUGCAGCGCUUUCCGGCCGACCCUGGAUAAGGAGCACAUCCGGCCUUGUUCGAUCUGGCGUCAGUUGAGGUCCGUCAAAGCCUUCCUACUGUGCGCCAGCGGGCAAGGGGCUUCUUCGGCGGGAUUGGCGGCGGAGCUGCGUCUGCGUGUGCGGUGGUCGCAAGGAAGACGAAGGCAUCCAAGGAUCGGUUUGCAAUCUUUCUUUCUUUUCCAGGGUCCUUUGUGGAAUAUGGUUGUUUCUUGCUUAAAGAAUAGUUUGAGACGCUGGCAAAUGGUCCAUGCUCUCUCCUAUGAGCAAUAAUAAUACAAGUUUGUUUGGCUUGCUAUGUAGCUGGUGUAGCAAGAGGUGUGUGCUUCAAGAGUCGACAUGCUCUCCUGAUUGAUGAUCUAGAUCUAGAUCUAGAAGAAUCACACUCUGCAAAGGAUUCAAAAGAAGGUCCUGUCGUAGCUUGGCACUUGUUGCAUAUCGAAGCCCACAGAAUGGUUUUGGCAAUCUUAGUCGCAGGCUGGCUUGUGAGCCCCGUCAUCAGCAACCUGCUGAGUAUUAUUACCGAAUUGCAGCCAGGCACACGGAGGCUUGAGCUCGACCGAGCAAGGAUAGAUCACACUACACCAGUGGAGCAGACGCUCAACUUCUUCUUGGUGGGCGAGACAUUCAUGCAGCUGUUCGCCACGGGCUUCGGGUUUCUCUCUUCUAUCUGGGCCACGGUCGUACUACUCCGGCUGGAGAAGGUGGAUUUCUGGUUCGUGACGGUUAUUAUUCUCGUACAAUCUGUAAGAAUCCUUGGCUUCAACCGGCGGUAUCCUGAAGCAAGAUUUUUUUCUGAAGUUCCACAAGUCUAUAAGGACUCACACUUUAAACCAAUGAAGCAAACGGAUCACAGUAAGUCAGGAAAUGACCCAACUAUAAUAGAUGUCACUAAGAAGUUUAUGAAUCUCAUGAGUAUCCUGGCAUGGGUAGCAUUUGUGGUCGCCGUGGCUCCGAUAGCUGCAACCUUAAUAUGCAUCACUCUGCCCAUCAUUCGCCUAGUGGCACUGGCUGGAAAUGCCUAUGAAGGCUCCAGCAAGGAUGCAAGUAAAGUGAACCUGAAGUCAGCACUUAUCUUCUUCUAUGCUCUAGUGCUUACCCAGGGUGCAUUCCUCGUACUGUACCUUAUCAUCUGGCUUCGUCGACAGGAAGCUGCACGUUCAAUGAGGGUUAAGUGUGGAUUUGUGAAGAAUAAGUGGGGGCUUGGGAAGAAUGAAGCAAAAAAAUUGGUCAAUGGAUACAUAGAGAACACCCUAGACUCAUGCAUCGAAGCUGGCGUCUCAGAAACAUUCAAGAGGAACCUAGUUUCAUUUGCUCAGGAUCUUUUGAGAAAUGAUUCUAAUGAUGACCAUUCCACUGCAGUCUUGAUACUAUAUAUAUUGAUGGAACAACCUGCUCAUCGUGAUAGAGCAAUUUCCCAAAUGCAGUCCUCAAAACAAUGUAUUGUUAGGCUGUUUGAUAUUCUUAGCCCAAAGAGCCUAGCUGAUAAGAAGAUCAAGGAAUAUACUGCGGCAGUUGUCACAAAGCUUGCUAGCAACAUGCAACUAGCUGACAUAUCCGGAGCAAUACAAUCAAUAUCAUGCACACUGGACCUUAGCCAGCAAAGAACAAACGACAACACCAGAAUACCCAAUGAACCAUCAGAAAGCCAAAUUACCUGGGGCAUGAGGAUUGUUGGUCAGCUUGCUUGCAAUCCGGAUAACUGCUCAGAGAUGUACAACAACGAAGGCCUCUUAUCCAAGAUCAUAGCACCACUUUGUAAGCGUAGCAGCUUCUAUUUAGCCAUUAAUGGUGUCCCUGCGCCCACUGAAAUCAUUAAGGAAUCAUUACGUGUGGUGACCAAGGUUAUCAGGGGCAAUGAUGAAAUCAGAACAAGGCUAAACGGAAGGAUCUUUGACGGAGCCCAGAGCAUUACAAAGAUGUUAACAGACAUCGAUGAUAGCAAGUUAAAAACUCUGUUGAAUACUAUUGUGUCAACUCUAGCUGAAGAAGAGGCCAGGAGGGGAAAUUUGCAGCAUACGGCUGAUUUCAUCCAUGACCUGUUGAGUUUGUGCUUUGGUAACACUGCUAGCGACAAAGUGCCUAUCAUUCAAGAGAUGGUUAGUUUGUUUGACAGUAAAAAGGUGAUCAAUGCAGAGCACACACUUGAAAAGGUGAUGGAUGCAGGGCACACACUAAAUGCACUCGCAAGAAAAAGUUGGGAAAACUGUAGGAUGAUUAUGGGAGCACAAACAACUCUUCUUGACCAGCUCGCAGGCACGCUUGAGAAUGACAACAACAAAAGAAAACACCGAACUUUGGCUGCACAAAUUCUGUCAAGUUUUUGCGCAAACUCAACAGAAGAUGAACGGCAUAUUCUUGGAUCACUAAGAAGCAAAUUUACAGUGGUACUGCAAGCUAUACCGAAUGGUCUACCAGAGGCAGUGGAGGUACAAGUUGAUCAUGAUGAAAACCGGAACUUGUAUCGACGUCGACGCCAGCAUGAGAAUCUGGAAAAUCAAGUGGAUCCUGAUGAAAGGAAGCUGACAGCAGCCAUAUUAAGCCUUGCCAUCCACAUGAUUGCAGUAAAUUUAAUCCCAGAACGCGAGCAUCUGAUGCCCAUUAUCGAUGACAGCUUUGUGGAAAAGCUGAAGGAAAUAGUCAAGAGGAACAGCGAACUAAUACCUGAUUGCGUUGACAUAAGCAGCGCCAUGGCUAAGCUGUGUAUCGGGAUAAUGAAAAAAUACCCCAGCACUGUCUGUGCAUUCCACGGAAAAGGGAUUGACGAGGCACUCAAGACCGCUGCAGAAACCUUGUCAGAACUGGAGCGGUGCAUGAUUAUGACCGGCAGUAUCGCUGUGACAGCGGAAUACAAGACCCUUCCAUCCAUUGUGGAGGAAGUGCAACAGCGCCAGGACAACAGGCUUAAUGUGUACUGGUAUGAAAAUUUAGAAGUGGUGUAGGCUGUGAUUUUAGGAAUGUUCCGUUGUAAGUAUUUGAUUAUCGGCUCAUUUUCUUUGUUUUGCAACGUUAUUCAACUGGUUAAAUAUGUCCAUUGUAAUAUGUUGUCCAUGGAGGCCAACAUGUGGAUUGCAUCCCUCUCUGUUACGUACUCCCUCUGUAAACUAAUAUAAGAGCGUUUAGAAUACUACUUCAAAAUUCAGAACAAUGCACAUUCACACAUGAAGCUGGUUUGAGCUCUCA